UUUCUCUCUCUGUCUGUCUGUCUUUCCUUUGCAGCCACACACACACACACAAUGGAAAGACAAAUCAAUAGGACUAGUUUUCUCAUCUUCUUCUUGUUCUUAUUACUCUCACAUUUCAAUGUUUCUCAUGCCAAGACGGCGACGACGACGAUGACGACGACAACAACAACUGAAACAGUCACACCAAUCUCUUCACUCCAAGUCCAAGCCAACCCUUUCACUCCCAAAGCAUCUCUCAUCCGCUAUUGGAACAACCACAUCUCAAACACUCUCCCAAAACCGCAAUUCCUUCUCUCCAAAGCCUCACCACUCAAUGCCCAAGACUCAGCCUUUUUCACAAACCUCGCAUCCCAAAACUCACUCUCUUCCCACUUCAACUCCUUCUGUUCCUUAGCCAAUUUGUACUGUCUUUUCGAAAAUCAAGCAACAACCCAAGUUUCUAUCCCCACCAAAGACUCAAACUUUACUGCCUACUCCAACAAACACUUCGAAAACUAUGGUUCCUCCAAGCGAACAGGGAUCGACUCGUUCAAGAACUACUCAGAUGGGUUAAACAACCUCAAUGACUCGUUCAAAAAAUACAGCAGAUCCUCAACGAGUCACAGUGAAACCUUCACAAACUACGCAAACAACGGCAAUGUAGCCGACACCAACUUCACCAGCUACGCCUCCGCAGCCACUGGUGGCUCCGGCGAGUUCAACAACUACGACAAGCUCGUCAACGUGCCCAAUCUCCAAUUCACUGUCUAUAACUCGGACUCCAAUAAUCACAAACUCACUUUCUCAACCUAUAGCGACGACACCAACUCGGGCUCUCAAGCUUUCACCAUCUACAACAAGAAUGGACACUCCACACCUAGCGAGUUCAACAAUUACGACGGCAAUUCCAACACCAUUGCUUCAACUUUCACAAGCUACGGCGAUUCAGGUAAAGGUUCAAACGACUCGUUUAAAGUGUACGGUCAAUCAGGUAAUAACCCACAUAACAAUUUCAAGAGCUAUGGCAAUGGUGGGAGCUCAGGGAUCGAUAGCUUUCAAAGCUAUAGAUAUAAAGCAAAUGUGGGUGACAAUUCUUUUCAAUCUUAUGCUAGGAAUUCAAAUUCCGGGAAAGUGAAUUUCGCAAACUAUGGGAAAUCAUUUAACCAUGGAAAUGACACAUUUAAAGAGUAUGGUAAAGGCACAGUUAAUCGUGGUACGUCAAUAGGAUUCAGAUCUUAUAGCAUGGACCGCGCAUUCAAGGAAUACGCGUUAAAGGGUGUCACAUUUUCGGAGUACAGCAAUUUCAGCACUGUGACACAGAGUACUAUUGGUUCUGUACGUGGUAGUGACAUUUCUGUAAAUAGAUGGGUGGAACCGGGCAAGUUUUUUAGGGAGUCUAUGUUGAAGCAGGGAAAUGUCAUGGUGAUGCCCGACAUUAGUGACAAAAUGCCCAAAAGGUCGUUUUUGCCCCGGGGCAUUUUGUCGAAACUACCAUUUUCGACCUUGCAUUUGUCCGAGAUUGCGGGGAUUUUCCACGCGCGGGAGGGCUCGGCUAUGGGGCGCGUGCUGGCCAACGCGCUGUCUGAGUGCGAGAGGGGUCCGAGCCAGGGUGAGACCAAGCGGUGCGUGGGCUCGGUGGAGGACAUGAUAGACUUUGCAGUCACGGUUUUAGGCCACAAUGUGGUGGUGAGGAGCACCGAAAAUGUGAGUGGGUCAAAGCAAAAUGUGACGAUUGGGUCAGUCAAAGGGAUCAACGGUGGAGAAGUGACCAAAUCGGUGUCUUGCCAUCAGAGCCUGUACCCUUACCUACUGUAUUAUUGUCACUCUGUGCCGAAAGUUAGGGUCUAUGAGGCUGACAUUCUUGACGUGGAGAGCAAGGCUAAGAUCAACCAUGGUGUUGCCAUCUGUCACCUUGACACGUCAGCAUGGGGCCCAGAGCAUGGGGCCUUCGUGGCACUGGGGUCCAGCCCAGGACAAAUUGAGGUGUGCCAUUGGAUCUUUGAGAAUGACAUGACAUGGACCAUUGCUGAUUGAUUUAUUGGGCUUCACAUUUUUAUAAAAGUUUGAUGAUAGCAUUAAUCUCAUUAGGCCUAGGUUGGUGUGAAUUGGCACUUUUUAUGUUUUGUUUUGAUGUUCUUUAAUUUAUCACUUCAAUGAUAUAGUAAUUAUAUUUGGUUGAUCA